AUGCCUAGUCAAGGGAAACAAGAUCAGAGCAACAAUUGUGCCAUGGAGGAUUCUACUAUGACUAUAGAGUUCCUCCGCGCACGCCUGUUGUCUGAAAGAUCUGUCUCCAAGUCUGCAAGAGCGAGAGCUGAUGAACUUGCACAAAGGGUUGCAGAACUGGAAGAACAGUUGAGAAUUGUCUCAGUUCAAAGAAUGAAGGCUGAAAAGGCAACGGUUAAUGUUCUUGCAAUUCUGGAGAGCAAUGGAUUGAGUGACGCUUCUGGGCCAUUUGAUUCAAGCUCUGACCAGGAUGAUGAAAGUGAAUUCGGCUUGGUUAAUGGGUCUUCUAAAGAAGUGCAAAGUUCUGUCAAUUCAAAAGCUAAAAACAGCGAGUCUGAUGAGCGCUCAGGUUCCGACGAGUUCAUCCCUUCUACUGCCAGAAGCUUGUCCUGGAAAAGUGGCAAGGAUGGAACGGGAUCUAUGAAAAGGUGCAAGGACCCAGCUCUGAGAAGUUCUAGCACCUUUACUUCUGCUUCGUCUUCUUCAAGACGCCAACCAGGAAAAUCAUGCCGCCAAACACGACGUAAAGACACAAGAGCUGGUGACAUGGAAAAGGCCAUUGAACAGCAAGCACAACUCAUUGAAAGAUAUGAAGAGAUGGAAAAGGCUCAACGAGAAUGGGAAGAGAAGUUCAGAGAAACUUCCAGCAGUGCACCGGAUUCUUGUGACCCUGGGAACCGCUCAGAUGUUACUGAGGAAGCUCCAUAUGAGAUUAACGAACAUCCACCACAUGCUGCUAGGACUAUCGUGUCCUCCAACCACGUGGAAAAAUCUGAAGCUGAAGAUUUUCCAAAAUUCCAUCCUAAUGGCAGUCUUCAGCAGACUGUUAACAAGGAGCACCUGAAGGUGCAAAAAAAUAGCAUUGCACCUACUUCGGGAUCCCGCUGUCACGAUUUUGCCUGCUCUUCAAUAGAAAGUAAGCAUAAUGAAGCUCAGCUUGCAAACAUCCGGAGUUCACCCUCUAGUAGCUCCCAUGAGCAUCCACAGACACAUGAUACAAAUGAUGCUCCUGGCAGCCAAUUGAAUCUUGACUUCGAAUCCAAUAGAGCCAGUGAUAUCAACAAAGAGAGAGCUUCUCAAAGCCAAAGUGAAGUACACGCAUUGGUUCCACACAAAGCACCAAAGGAGUUGGGUAUUCUGGAGGCUCUUAAGAAAGCGAAGCAAUCACUACAACAGCAAAUUGACAACAUUCCAUCUGCUGUAAGUAGCAGUCCGGUUGGAACUUCUUAUGCUCCUUCUUCUCUUCGGACAACAGCACCUGUGGACAAUACACCUGAAAUACCUGGAAGAUAUCCUGGACUUUUCAGACUACCAACUGAUUUUCCAGCUCCGGGUAGAAGUGAAGGAAACAAAUUCUCUUCUCUUAAUACAAGAUUGAGUCUGGAUAGCGAACUCUUGGGUCCCAGUAGGGCCGACAUCCUCAGCUCCAGUGCCAGAUCAAGUUUUGAAAACCAUCAUUCUGGGAAAGAAUCAAAUAAUCCAGAAGCAGCAGUGAGUAAUCAACUUGUUGCUAUGCCGCAGUACUCAGACCCCAAGAUGAAUUUUCCUACAGACAACCAUUUGCUUACCAGCAAACAAUAUCUUGAUGGUGCUUCUAUCCAGAGGCAACGGAUCGAUCCAUCCAUAGACAUGGGUUUACCUUCAAGUAUAUACCCUGCAUUCCCAGUUAGUCCUGUGUAUGGUGAUCUGAUGUUCCGGAUGCCUCCUUCAGAAGGUUUCUCAACAUUUCCUGGAAGUAGAGCUGCUGAUGGGAUUCUCAUUUCCCCAACAGCCGGUCCUGGGUAUGGCGAUUUGAUGUUGCGGAUGACUCCUUCAGAAGGCUUCUCGACAAUUCCUUCAGGUAGAAGAACAACAGAUGGGAUUCCACCUUCCGCCGACCGUUUCUCAUUUUCCAGUCCCUACUCUCCAGAUAUGUACAGAUGA